AUGAAGGCGACGUUAAUAUUUGAUAGUGUUAACAAUUUAUUAUUUUCUAAAUGGGAUGAAUCUUUUUUAUCUCGUAUGAAAACUUUAAAUGAACAGAGUUCUGACGGAAACAUAACUGACAGUUAUAAUGUAGCUCAGUUACUUUCCCCAAUUAUAACUUCUCAGCGUGUGAUGGCUGCACAGUUUGGCAAUACCUAUUCAUCUAUACAGUGCAAGGAUAAUACUGUUAUCGUCUUUGAUGAGUUUCUUGACCAUGUAUUUAUGAUUAUUACUAAAGAUAAUAUAGAUGAUGCUCAUAGAGAGUUACUCGAUUGCAAAACCUUGGUACAGCACAUUUGUGGACAAAAUAUUGACUUAUUACAUUCACCUGUAUACCAAGACUGGUUGUCAGUGUUGUUAGAUAGCCGCAACAAAGGUGAUUCUAUACCUGGGGCUAGUGGUGUAAUUGGUGAAAGUGGAGCUACAGUAGCAGCACUUAAUGCUCUAAAAGCAAUAGCGAAAGAAAUAAAAUGCUCGACAUAUCAACAUUUUCACUUAUUGCUUUUUGUGGGAGAUAAAAUGUUAGCAUUGUAUUCAAGUCGUGGCAGUGAAGAUCUUAUGCCACCGGACUUAAUACUCCUUAGUAUACAAUGCAUAGCUGCCCAGGAAUAUUGGAAAGAUGUAAACGAAUCAAAUUCAAAGGAAGUCGGCCCUAAUUCUUGGAUACCAUGGCUUUCAGAAGAAAAUAGUGCAAUAGUACAUCUGUGUGCGGGUCCAGCGGUAGUGCCAUGUGCACCGCAUUCUCUUCACAUUGCUGAAGUAGCGCCUCGUAUUGUAUUCGUAGUGUUGGUAGAUACGGAGUUAAGAGACAUCGGUAUCGCUGCACAAAUGUCUAGUCAGAUACUUUCGAACCUAGAGAGACUCUUGUUACAGAGGAACUUGGAGUUGCUGCCUAGCACACUUGAUAGCUUGGAGGCUGCACUAAAGAAGACAACAGACGCUCUACGCAAAAACAAAUCAAACGCAAACUUAUGUGCGCGUCUUACGAGCCGUAUGUUGGAGUUACGCAAGUCUUGCACGACCACGACUCCGCUGACUCCGGAAACGACAGCUACCGCCAUGCACACGGCACUAGAUGUCGUAAUUGAGCAACUUAAGCCCGACAUACCCAGUUUGAAAAUGGAUCAGCCCUUAAAAGAAUUGACAGGGUUACUCGCACCCUAUGUCGAGUUCCUACGCGUGAAGGCGAUGCGAUACUUCAGCUUGGGAUCGGGUGAGACCGACGCGAGUUCCAUAACGCUGCACAAAUAUCUGGAGGAGUUCCCCGGUCUGAUACAUUUCAUUUACGUGGAUCGGACUACGGGCAGAUUCUUGGCCCCUGAUAUGGCGGACUGUGCUGAUAUGCUGACGCCAGAUACGGUGCGUGAUAUCGUGAGGCGCGCGAUGAGCAGCGUGCGGGAGGGGUACGGCGCGGCGGCGUGGCGGCGCGGCGCGCUGCACGCAUGCGUCGUGCAGUGGUGGGAGCGGCGCGGCGCGGCGCUGCGGCCCGCGCGCCCGCCGCACCCCGCCGCCGUGCGCGCGCUGCCGCCGCCCGGCGACCUGCGCCUAGCAUUCCACAGGCAACUCUUGGAACUCGCGUUCCCAAACGACAGCCAAGGUGUUAGUAUCAAGGAGUUGAUCUGCAUACACCUGGGGCUAUUACCAGCUUCUACCGCAGUACAACAGGCGCGUCGACUUGCUCACUCAGUACACGAGUUGGUCGGAGACAACCCUGCCGUGGCAGCGGACUUGCUAUAA